AUGUCAGUCCCAGACACCUUUGGAUUGCAGUUAGCCAAGUAUACUAACGUCGCUGCAUCAGCAAUUUUAAUUUAUGACUACUUCAUCACGUUACACUCCGAAGUCCGAUGGACCUGGGGACGGAAGUGGGGGAUCAUCCGCACGGCCUUCACGAUUUCAAGAUAUGUACCUUUUGCUGGUGCACUUAUGACCUCAUAUUCCGCUGUGAAGACAUGGGGCACGCAAAAUUGUGCGCCUUUCAACGAUGCUGUCGAUGGCAUACAUUUUUUAGGCAUCUUUGCCUCGGAAGGAUUAUUGAUUGCCAGGGUCUACGCCUUCUCUGGCAACAAAAAGGCUUACCUUAUUGUUCUUCUCUCCUUUGGUUUGGCCAUCCUGGUGACGGCUGUGAUUCUAAGUGCUGCCCCUAUCAAUUUGAAUAUCCCAGGAGUCGCCCCGCCUUGUGUAUUGGAGAGGGCUCGUAGUAAAGCCCUCGCAUAUGGACUCUUGAUGUUCUUCGAGAUUGUUCUCAUGUCCACUACUGCAUUCUUGAGAUAUCGACACUAUCUUGGUUCUGGUAGCAAGCUAAUGAGGGCUGUCUAUCGGGAUGGACUGCUCUACAUGUUCUGCAUCAUGAUGAUAUCGACAGUCAAUGUGAUUGUUAUUGCCGUGCUGCCUCUCUCGUACAGCGAGAUGCUGAACACACCUCAGAUCGUUGCGCACAGCGUUCUUGCUUCUCGAAUACUUUUCAAUCUUCAAGUGAACAAUGAGCGGCACGUCUUCCCUUACCUACCAAUCGACGUCUUCGAUGGAAAUGCUAUCGCAUCCACAAGAAUUUCAAGCGCGGUCUGGAGAGGAUGAGACAGUUGUUGGUGCUGUCCACUCAGAUCAAGUUUAGACCUGCUAGUUCUGUGGGUAAUAUAAAUAGCACUUAUCAUUCGGGUUUGUUGACUAUGGAUUUCUCACCCUCUCAAUCGCUUUCGCAUUCCAUGCACCCCAGUGGUGAGCUACUCUACUAACCCUUUGCAUGCGUUCGCAAUGCUCUGAAGUAGCCUAUCGUGUCAAUAUGGAC